GUACAUAUCAUUUAGAAGAGACAAGCGCGCACACGUCUUUAAAACCUGUUUGUUACAUGAUCGCUUUGUCAAUAUCGAUCCUAUAGAGAAAACGCUCGUUGACAAACAAAAACUGGAAUACGAGCACACAUGUGUGCUUUGCGUAAUUUCAAGGUGGUCUGAGUGCAGUGUCUACAAAAGUAGUACAAUUACUGGCAGCCAGCUUUUUUUCUGCAACAGUCAUACGAGUAACGAGCCUCGUAACAUUUCAUUUCGACGGGUGACUUGAAAUCCAUCUAGAGACUAAGGAGGUGAGAAACUCUGCCAUUAUGAUCGCAGACCUGGUGCUUGGUGUCCAUGAAUUCGGUUUCAGAAGUAUUCUGCUCGGAAUAACGACAUCACUUCUUGUGGUAUGGCUGAUGAAAGGGGUUUCCAAACGAAGGAAGAUCAAUCUACCCCCGGGACCGAUGCCUGUGCCAUGGCCCUUGCAUUUCAUUACGGAUCUCCUGUUGAAGGCUCGAGGUACCAACCCGUUCGUAUUGCUGGGCAAACUGGCUGAAAGAUACGGAGAUAUCAUUUACCUCGACAACGGCGGACGUCGUUUUGUGUUUCUUGCGAAUCCUGAGCUUGUUAAUGAAGCGCUUGUCAAACAAGCUGAUGUAACAUCCGGAAGAGAAGACUUCUGGGAACUGAAAGCUGUCACUCAGUACCAUGGUGGAAUAAUUUUCUCCGAAGGAGUUGAAUGGUUACAGCACCGACGUUUUGGUCUCGCAGCGCUGCGUAACUUCGGAAUGGGCAAAAAGUCACUUGAAAACUCGGUCAACGCAGAAGCCCGGACUCUGAAUGAAGUUUUAUUGGAAAAGAUCGGGAAACCAUUUGAUCCGUUUCUUAUUGUGAACAAUGCUGUAUCCAACAUUAUCUGCGCCAUAACGUUCGGCCAGCGAUUUGAAUAUUCGGAUCCCAAAUUCAAGGAUAUGAUACAACGGAUCAACUACUUUGUAGCCGAAGAUCCGGGCGUCCUGUCGAAUCUUCCCACCUUCAUCAGCAACGCUCGUAGAAGAAAUUUAGUGGCAGUCCGAAAGUACUUAGAAGAGGAAGUCAUGGAACAUAAGUCUACUUUUGAACCCAAUCACGUCAGAGAUAUCAUCGAUUUAUACUUGAAGGAAAUAAACCGUGCGCGGGAAGCAGGCGAGAAAUGUGAACUGGAUUUGUCAAAGGCAUGGCCAUUAGUUUUCGAUUUCUUCUUGGCGGGAACGGAAACGACAUCGACAACACUACUUUGGGCUUUCCUCUUUAUGGCAGGUCAUCCAGAAAUUCAAGAAAAGGUUUGAACUCCCGUCAUUCAUAAUUUUACAUUCUAGGAAAUGGAAUCUUUAUAUUUUACUUACUUUUUGCUUUUUUCCGGCUAGAUUGGCAAGACAUUAUGUAAAGUAUUUUCGUUUCGAGUGAAUUAUCAGUACAAAAUUACAACAAUCUCGAAUUAUACCAGAUAUUAAGAUAAUAUUGUGACGGAAUCGCUGGCGGAGAGGGUCCGCCGGCAGCUCGCUCUUGUAAGGAUGCCUGCCGCCGGCGGGUGUUUGCCACGUCGAUUUCCAAACAGUCGCGGAUCCGUUUGACAGAGAUAUACUGCCGCAUUAUUGACACUUGCACAAGCCUCAUUCCUGCCAAUACCACCACCAGGCAACCUCCAGACGGCUACACUCUUUAUUGUCAGCUCAAACAGCUCACCCGACCAUAUGCAUCUAGCUUGUGUAGUUAAGCUCUCUCGACCAUAUGCAUCUGAUUCAUGUAGUUUAAGAUCUUACGACCAUAGCAUAGGCGGAUCCAGGGGGGGGGGCGAGGGGCCCGCCCGCGAAAUUAUUUUUCCCACCGAGUUCUGGACCAACAUAUGAAUAUUCAUGAGUUGCGUCUUCGGAUUAAGAGUACGCAUGCGCGUGGACUUUGCCUCGACCAGUGCCGGUCGUAAGCAUUCACGUUGCUCAGAAUGAAUUAGCAUCGUCAUAUUACCGGUACCCUUACAUAGUUACAUAGGCCUUAUAGGCUUAGAUCUAUAUAUAUAUAAACUCCUCAAAAAAAAGUUUGGAAAUCUGACUUUGAUCGAUAAUCCCUCCUCGGAUUUAAUAAAUAACAAUGUUUAAUAAAUAUCAACGAAUAGAACAUUUAAUUUUCUUGCAGUCAGAUGUCAUCAAAGCACUGUUAUCUUGAUCAUGACCCCUUUUGCCUAAUAAUUUUGACAACAUUUUUCAAACCAAUAGAGAUAUACAUACAUAUAAUACUAGAAACUCAGCUGAUACUCGUGCAAUAUAUGGCCAUUAUUCUUUCUCAAACAACAUAUUUUUAUGUAGGGGACCCAUUAUUUGGAAUAAGAUCCCUCAAAAUAUCAAGCAGUGCAAAACCCUUCAAAGCAUUAAAAGACAUUUAAAAAUACAUUUCAUGCAGAAAGUCUAAUACUGAUAUAGAUAAAUUGUAUACUUUUGUUAUGUUUGUAGUUCUGUAUUUCCUGACUGCAUUUGUUUUUUAAUUGUGUUGUUUUGUGUUAAUUUCAGGAUCACUAACUUAUAAGUUCCUUGUAACUUCUCAGUGAUCCUUCCACUAUUCUUAAAUAUACUCACUUUUGUUAUAAUGUAUUUCAUUGAAAUAUUUAUACUUUUUGAUUUGUAUGUUUUUUAUGAAGACUGUGGUAAAUAAAGUUUCAAUUUUAAUUUCAAUUAAUCAUUGUUAAAAGGGCAUCCUUGUGCAAUGUUGCCAGCGCGAACCACCAGCUCAAACUUCUUGACAUGUCGUGUAAUAAGACAUGGAAAUUAAAUAUUUUGAGCUGGUUUUGUAAUCAUGAAAAAGAUGUUUAUCUAACUAAAAAAUAACUUUACGGUCGCUAAUUUUUUUUUAUAUACUGACCAGUAAAGGAAGCAGUUAAUUACUGCAUUUUAAAUAGGAUACAUAACUCACCAAUAAAAAUAAUGCGAGUGCAAAGCGCGAGCCCAAAAAUUUGUGAUAUUCCAACCUGAAAACUGGACAUUCUAAGCAUUUUUUUUGUGAACGGGAAGAGAACGAGUACAAUAAUUGAUGCGAGUGCAGGAAGCGAGACAAAAAUUUGUGAUAUUCUAACCAUAAAACAACAUUUUAUACAUUUUUGUAACCAUGAGCAGGAUUAGUACUGUACUAAACAAUAAUUGAUGCAAGCACGAUUCAAAAUCUGUGAUUUUCGAACCUAAAAUGUAUUAUGUUUUAUUAUUAAAGAAGGUAUAUUUCUCUUUUAAAAAGGGCAUAUUUCAUUUGGAAAAAAAAAAUCCUACAGGGAUUUUUUUUUUUGGGGGGGGGGGGGGCAAGAGAGCACAAAGCGCAAGCUAAAAUUUUCACAUGCUUAAACUGAAAAUGAGUCAAUUUUAGGACUCUUGUCAGUUUUCAUAAUUUUUUCUGCUUACAACCACCUUUAGAUUUCAAUUCUCAUUUCUUGAAUCUUCUACACUUAUUUUACC